AUGUUGUGCCUUACAGAACUUACAUGUAAAGUGGAUGCAAUAUAUUAUGCAACAUCAAGUGGUAUCAAAGGUGUAUUCUCUGACGGUAAUUCAACAGUUAUGAUAAGAUCAGAAAGUAACGUGAAGUUAAACUACGAUUCUUCGAGUGAAAGACUCCUCUACUACGAUGGUGAUAAUCUAAUAAGUGUUAAACUGGACGGCAGUAAUGCAACUGCAAUAGCGUCUCUCUCCACCAUAUUACGUUUUGCUGUAGAUCAUAUAACAAGGAAGGUGUACUACAUUACUAAUUUAUUCAGAAACGUUCGCAGCAUUGAUCUGGAUACUGGAGCUGACAAUCCUGUAAGUUCUAAUGUUGGAAGUGGUGUUGAAGACUUGGAUACUGAUCCAAAUAACAGGUAUAUUUCACCUGCCAUUGAUUAUAAUACCUUAAUAAAAAUAACAAAUUGGUUUAACGAGUUUUACCAUUGCGCUAAGUUAUAUUUUUGUUAAAUGAUUCAAGUGUUGGUCAACGCUAGGAUACUUUCCCUUUUACAGCAUGUUUAAAAAGAGAACAUGAGAUAUCGAUUCAUUACUUUAUCCUUUCAGUUAGUGCCAGCUAUGUGAAGUACCAUAUUCCCAGAAAUUGCUUCUAAGAGUCUUGUCUAAUUUACUGGUUUUUAUCAUUUACAAAACAAGGAAUUUUAAUUAUUACCGAGUUGGCAUGUUGAUGACCCUUGAGGGAGACCAACGAAAUCAUAUAAAAUAUAAAAUUUUCAAAAAUUUGCCGCUGGGAUUUGCCUUUUAUCGCUUACCUUUGAAAGUAUCCGCAUUCAAAAACGGCGUAUGCAAGGUUACUCUUGAAUAGUUCAAAAACGUGUUAUGAUUCUAAAGGAAGUGAAGCGAAGGCAUAUAUCCGGAAAAUUUAAGGCUGGAACGGGGCAUUUGAGAAACAAGGCAUUUUCACUGCGAUAUUGGAGUUUAAUUUUCUGGCAAUCGGUCACUAUACGACUAUUAUUUUACCAGCAGCAUCCAUACAGCUCUAAAGUAGAGGAAUUAUUGACUCGCAAUAUCGCCUUUUCAAUGGAUGGGUGCCUGAAUAUGCUCCCACAAAGCAAUCCUCGAGAGAAGACCUCCAACGGCACGUUCGUCGCUCGUUGAUUGUUCAGCAAAGUCGUCCUCGUAAUCUUCGUCUUCACUCGACUACUCAUCAUCGUCGUUUGGUAGAGCCUAGGCAGAUUUCUUUUCGAAAUUAAUGACUGCUUUGUUGGUUGUUAUGCCUAAGUUUUCUACUUUUUUCUUGAGAUGAUAUUUGCAAAUCGGGCAAGCACUGAUGUCUGGUAGGUUACACUCGAGCUGAAAAGUGUGCACACAGGCCUCGAUGAAUGCGCGCCAUUAAAGACUGUCGCGGCUGCGUUCGAUCUUAUCAUUGUUGCUGCAUGUGUCAGUGGAAUGAAAGUAUAUUAAACAUAUUUCAUACAUAUGAUUCAUAUACAUUGUUUAGGCUGUAUAAAGAUUUAUAUUUUUUCGAGCCCCAGUUUGUCAGACAACAGAAGGUGACUUAUUUGAUUUAGUACGCAUUUUUGCCACUUGUUAAACAAAUUGAAUCUGAUGUGUUUACACAAUUAUAGAAAAUAGAAAGCCACUGUAUAUUUUCAGAUUUUUAGGAUCAUUGAUUCAAAAACAAUUUACUAAAGCAUAUACUACUAUUGAUAGUGCUGCAGUAUAAUUAUACAGAACCUACAUUAUUGGAUUAGAAGGUCUUUCUACAGAUGAAAAGUCCAAUGGAAGAACUCGGUUGGUGACAACCAUGCUUCGAAAUAAAUUUGGUAGUGUCCACUUUGUUGUCUUCUUAUGUUGCCAGUGCACUCUCGACAGUAACACAGCCUGACCAGAAUUAUCAUGGAAAAUUCCAAAUUUAUUGAUGAGAAAUUCAGCAGCCUUGACUUUCAAACUAGAGAUUGACUUCUGGCUUUGUCAUUAUGACAAGGAAAUUUUAGUAGUUCUCUCUCGUUUCGUGUAUUGGCAAGAGAAUAACCAUCGAAUUGCAAUGUUUCGCACACUACAUCAAGUAUUGGCAGCUUUCGAGGAGUAUCAUGUUGAAAAUUUCCAUUUCUUUUUGUGAGCAGGGGCCAAGAGGCCAAUUACAUGGAAUAUUUUCAACCUGAACUCAGCCUUGUAGACCGAGUUGAGAUUUUAUGACAAAAUUUUCAGCCAAGGGUCAAGUUCAUCCAAGGGUUGAAAUUUUAACCCUGCUUCAGCUGUCGGGGGAGAAUUGAGGACGUAUACAAUCCCAGGCCGGGUUGAAACCAUCCAUGUAAUCGCAAACAAUUUUAACACAGUUCAACCCCGGGGUUGAUAGUGCUCCAUAUACUUGUAACCGACCCCUAAUGCCACUGACAAUGCUGAGCGCGCAAAUUAUUGUAAAGGCAAAGGAUUGUCGCUGGUAAGCACGAAAUGCAUCAUCCCAAUUAAUGUUCGUGCCACCUCAGAAAUUUCAUGUUAGCCCGAAAGUCAAUUUUUAAUUUGAAAGUCAAGACUGUUGAACUUUUCACCGAAACAUUAGCCUGCGUGACAGGCCCUCAAAUUUAUGGGGGCCUGAUUUGCAGCGGGCAGGCUCCCAUAAAUUUGAGGGCCUGCCACGCAGGCUACCGAGACAUUUGUUGUUUUCCAUGAUAAUCCUGGUCAGGCUGUGUUGCUGCCAAGAGUGCGUGGGCAAAACAAGGAGACAAGAAAGUGGAAACUACUAAAUUUUCUUGGAAGCAUGGUUGUCACGAACCGAGUUCUUCCAUUGGGCUUUUCAUCAGUGGAAAGACCUUCUAAUUUGACAAUGUAAGUUGAGAAAAUAAGUUGUUUCUAGCAAUGUGCAUGACGAUAAAACUUAUACUACUUUUGUUCCUGGAACACCAAUAAUGAAUUUUCGUGAUGUUUCCACAAGCAAAAUUAUUAUAAGUUCAGAAAAAUAGUUUUUGAUUCCAUGAUCUAUAAUUGUAUAAACACAUCAAAUAUUUUAACUGCAUUAUAAAUGGGAAACUGCGUACUAAAGCAAAUAAGUAAACUUUUGUUAACUGACAAUCUGCUGCUCGAAAAAAUAUGAUUAAUUAUACAGGCUAUAAAAUGUACAUGAAUCAUAUGUAUGGAAUAUAUGUUUAAUAUACCUUCAAUUUCCAUUGACACAGCAAAUGCGAUAAGAUCGAAUGCAGGCGUGAUAGACCUUUGUGGCGCAUUUUUUGAGACUGUGUACAUUCUUUCCAUCUGGAUUUUAAUUCGCCAGACAUCAGUGUUUCGCCGAUGUGCAAAUAUCCUCUCAACAUAAAAGCGGGAAGCUUGGGCAUAACGCCAACGAGACAGUCAUAAAUUUCGACAAGAUAUCUGCUCAAGCUCUAUACCUAACGACGAUCGAUGAUGAGGAGACGAGUGAUGGUGAGACAACGUCGAGCGAAAAAGAAGAUAACGAGGACGACUUUGUUUAACAAUCGACGAGCGCCGAACGUACCGUUGUAGAUCUUCUCUUGGGGAUUGCUUAGUGGGAGCAUGUUCAGGCACCCAUCCAUUGAAACGGCGGUUUUGUGAUUCAAUAUUUCUUCUACUUUAGUGCUAUAUAGCCACUGCUGGUGUAGUGGCCGAAGGCGAGAAAAUUGAAUGAAAAAACCGCUGUGAAAGUGUUUUUUUUCCACUCUUAAAUAUUUCCGAAUAUAUGCCUUCGCUUCACUUCCUUUAGAAUCACAACACUUUUUGACCUAUUGGGCAAUGACCUUGCAUACGCCGUUUUUGAAUGCGGGUAAUUUCAGAGCUAAGCGAAGAAACGCAAAUCCCAGCGGUAAAUUUUUCGAAAAUUUUAUAUUUUUCGUUAGAUAAAUCCAAAUAAUUAAAAAAAUAGAUCCCCCAAGUUUUAUUUGCGACCGUAAUUUUCGUGUUGAAAUACGCCUCUAAACCGGAAGUAGUUAAAAUAUACGCGUUCCAAUUAGCUUAGCGCCAAACGUGAACAAAUGCUCUGAUUGGUCAAAAAAGAAAUUCACCCUUGCUGCUCUCCACAUUUUUAAUAUUUUAAACACUUUUAAUUAAAAAAGCGUACAGCAAGAUUAAAACGAAACGAGAUCUAGAUGUAAUUAUGUAACAGUAAUAUAUGAAAUACACGAAUUCCAAAAUAGGUAAUAGUACUAUAAUUGUCAGCUUUUUUAAUUUCAGCUCACUUCUUUUUGCUGGUGGAAACAACGGAGAUAUUGUUCGCUAUUUCCUUGAUAAUGGUACACAAGAAAUUGUUUACAAUAACAAUAGAUCACCUCAAAUUCUGUCAGUUGACUCUGAGUACGAAGUAAUUUAUUGGAUUGACUAUAUCGCUGAGAAUGAUAGCUACUCUCUUAUGAAAACAUACUUCAAUGGUUCAACUUCGCAAGUAAAUUAUUAUCUUGGUACGACAAGCUCAGUCAAGAUUGCAAUUGGUAAAGACGAUUUUUACGUUAUGGACAGUACAAGACGACGUAUCGAUAGAUUUGACAGAAGUACAGCCUCUUUGCAAAAUAUAUUCUACCUGAGCGAUACGGCUGAAGAACUUACGAUUGUUCAAGGUAAGGCCUAGUAGGCCAUCAGUAUUUUUGUUGCAAUUAAAAAAUUCUCAAUUCCUUAUAUGGCAUGUCGCAUUGAAACAUUCGCGAUCAUAAUAUUACCUAAUUACUAAUUAGUACUAAUUAAAAGACCGAAUGAUCAAAUACACUUUAAUUAAUAAAAUCGUCUUAAAAAGUCUCUUUUCUUACAUUAAGAUUUCACUUCUUUUUACACUAUAAGAAUACAUGGUCGCUUCGCUCAGGCCACGCUUGGGCACAAGUGGAAUAUCGAUAUGACAGCUACAGUACAGUUUAGAUAGUUGGUCAAAAUUGUAAAUGAAGGCAAAUUUGUUUUUGUAGAUUUGGAUGAAUGCUGUGAUGGUGAUCAGUGCCAUGGCAAUGCAACAUGUACAAACACGCCUGGAAGCUAUUUCUGUACAUGUAAGGAGGGCUAUACUGGAAAUAACACACACUGUGAAGGUAUAAAUAGAUUUACUAUAUUUUCAAUCACAAUUACGAUUAUACCCACUCAGGUAAUCACCGCCCAGGGUUUUCUUUUUCUAUGUCCCCUAUUCCAAAGCUUGAUAGUAAUAUCUAGUGAGAUUAUGUAACUUAUUAGUUCGUUUUAUAUAGGAGGUACUCAUUACCAGUAG